AUGACCGAUGCUACCAUUAGAAGAAACGCGGCCAAGCUGCAAAGGCAGCUGGCAUUGAGAAUGAUUAGGGGUUACAGAAUGAUAUCACAUGAGACGGCACUGUUACUGGCGCGUAUGGUGCUGUUCGAUCUUACUGCCGAUCGCCUUAGGCGAUCGUAUUUGAGGCGACGGGCGUGUCUAAGGCAGCACGGAUUCGUGGCUCCUAAAAUCAUGGAUAGGAUCCGAGAAGAGGAGAUUAAAAGAUCGAUCGAUAGGUGGCGAAAUAGGUACGAGAAACUACCUCGUGGUGCGCCGGGAGCCGCGGUGCGGGAGGCGCUUGUCGGCCGACUGCACGAAUGGAUGGCGAGAGCUCACGGUGGCCUCACGUUUCGUAUGACUCAGGUGAUUACGGGACAUGGAUGUUUUGAAGUGUAUUUAUCUGAGAUAAAUAAGGCAGAAACACCGAUCUGUCAACACUGUAUGGCGGCGCGGGAUAACGCGGUGCACACCCUCCUCCACUUAUGGGCAGUGGAGAGAAGGAAUUUAUUCGUGGCUCUCGGUCUGGAUUUAUAUUUAGACCGAGAGUACACCCGGGCGAUCGGGGCCAUCGUGGGCUCCGCCAGUGCGUGGACAGCAUUCGCGAAUUAUUGCGAGAUAGUCAUAAGAAGAAAGGAGGAAGCGGAAAGGGAACACAAGGGGGUGAGGAGGAUUCGUAAAGAACUUCGACCCGAUCCACCCCCUCCCCCACCGGGAUCCUCCGACUAG